AUGCAAAGUUUAUGGCUCCGCACUGCGCAGACCAGAUCAUCAUGUCAUUGUAACGCCUGUGUGAAAAUCGGUACCGGCAUAGCUCGUCAAGCAACAACCGCAAUUGGCAAAAGUCGACGGGUCAGCAUUGGGGAUAUUUUCACGGCAUGUUACUCAACAAUAUUCGCAACUGCUGCAGUGGUAGAUUCGAAUCGCAAAGUUCAGCGAAGGGAGCAAUGGGAUCGACUCAUUGCGGAAGUGAAGGCUGGACCUCCCGCCGACAAAGUGGAGGGAUCGCAAGAUUGCCAGGAAGAAGGAAAUGCAAAUGAAGCCAAGAACCAAAUACCAGGAACACCAGGAACAUUAAGGAUACCAGGGGUUUCAAGCAACAAUUUCCCUUUCGCAAGAGCUGGAAGCAAUGCCACAAAGGGGCCUAUGACUUGGAAUGGAGCCAACUGGACGGCCGCCUCUUCCAUGAGUCGAUUGGGAACGCAUCUUAAUACCAUACCCUCACAUGUUGCAAAGCCUGUUGAGUCUCCUGCGCCCGAAUAUCCGCAGAAUCCCGUGCCUUCACCUACCGUACUCCCAGUUCAGUCUACCACACAAAGAGAGACUGCGAACUCUAUUGUUGAUGGAGAACAGUUGGGCGAACAUGUACCCACAAAUGCUAUGCUCCAACCUCGCGACCCAAAGACUCGAGAGCAUUUAGCUGGGCUCGAACGUUCGGUUACAGAAUUAGUCCAUCAACUGAUGUGGACUACAAAUACCUCACCUAUAACAGCGGAUUUUCAUUCAGCACCGUCUGACAUUUUUCUCGAGACCGAGAAAAUGAUAGGGCGAGUUGAACAAUUGCAACAGGGUGACAUUACCAUGCCAGCAUACCAAAUGAAUGAUGAAGUUCGUAAAGAAAGGUCCCAGCUACAUGAUGCACUAAGAGCCCUCCUGAAGAACACGUCCCCGAGUCAGAAUAACCUAAACCUAAUCUUGACCAAGAUAUGUUACAAUCUUCUAAUAAGCGCAGCAUCACCGAACAUCUUUACCUAUAACUUUUUGAUCGAAAGAAUGACAGAGUUGAUGCUUCAUGACCAUGCGCAAGUAUUCGUUGAUUCGUUUCUCCACGAUACGCUUUUCAGGCCUACUUCAAAGACCAUUCAAGUUAUACUGAAUCAUUACGCGGCUAAGAAUGACCUAGAAGGCUACCGAGGUAUUAUUAGGCGCAUGAGGGCAUUGGACGGGAGUAUGAAAGUUGGACGCAGACAUAAGAAUCAAUUGGAUAAUCCAGGAGUACUAGCUUGGGCAGAGAGACAUUCCAAUAACAAUAGAUUGGUCAUGCAUGGAGGUUGGCUCGUACGAAAGGUACCACGAGACGCAUCCAUAUUUGAUGCUCUAAUCAGGACGAGUCUUCAAAUCACAACUGCUCGACAAUCUGUCAUGUACAUUCGCGCAGCUUUGCGUGAGGGCCAUAAAAUUCGACCAGAAUUAUUUGUUGAGGCUGUCCAAAGUUGUGUAGCCAAACUUGAUCAUGCUGCUGGAGAAUCGCUUCUGCAGUCAAUAUUAGAGUUUUGGGCCGAGAAUAUCCAAAAGCCCGAUCUCAUUGCGCUUACCAAAAGUACACGCUGGGCCAUGAGAGAACUUCUGCAUCUUUGCGGAAUUGACCCAUCACGAGAUCUACCACGACUUUUAUCAGUAGAUGUUCCUCGAUGGAAUUCAGGAAGGCUUCUGUUAUACCUGAGACUUGGCUCGAUGCGCGAUUGUGUCGAUCGCUUUGUUGAACGUAUACGUUCCUUACAAGACGCUCUUCGAAUAUCUUCCAAACGGUCCAAAUCUACUACCAAAGGAGUUUGGAAAGACGAAUUUGGAGAUACACGGGUCUGGGAUUAUCUCCCCCCGAACAAACUCAAACGCCAGCAUGGAACAUUAGUUCGGUCAGGCGUUGACCGUUCGCUCGAGAUUUUCGACAAGUUUUCGUACACGGAGAAAGAACGAGACAUAAAAGCAAAGCAAGGAGCUCGCCAAGCUAGGAGAGUGAUGCUGCAAAGCUUGGAAUCCAAAGUCGCCUUAUCCAAGGCGCAUAUCCGUACGACCGAGAUAGGAAUAACUUCCUGGUACUGUGAUCAAUUACCUAGAGACUGGAUAUAUACAUAUCAUCUCAGAUUACAACAAAAUCCACACAUGUCAGUACGAGAAAGAAUUAUCGUUCUCAGGGGAUUAAAAAGGUUGCAAGAACUGGAUGUAUUCGACUACCAGCUUGAUCAGAGCUUACGACGUAUCAAGCUUUUGAAGAAGGAGUUCAGAAACAUAAGGCAGAGGAGAGAGCGACAGAUAUCUGAUAUUACAGCCCAGUUCAACGCGUGUGCAAAGCAAAUCAAACUUCUCGGAUGGCAAUUCUAUCUCUUGAAACAGACAAUCAUAUCUGACUUACCAUCCCUUCGCUCAAGUGGUUUACAAGAACUCGAAGAGGAAAUUAACAAGGGUUUACAACAAAUCAAAAUAUUAGAUCAGGAACUCAACCUCAACUUUCCACACGCGAAUCCAAUGAGGACAUUGCGAGAAUUGAACUUGGUCCUAUUCGAGGUCCAUAACAGUAAAGAACAAGUCAAACUCUUGGCUGAAGAGAUUUACUUGUCAUAUCCUCCUCUUGUGACCAGGAAGAUUUACGUCCAGGAUUCUUAUAAGAUAGUCAGAGGUUUCCGCGCAGGACUUUCUUUUAUGUAUGAGCCACCAAAAGAUAAACUUUCGUCGACUGAAGAACAAGGAUAUGAGGUGAUUAGAGAGUUGUCGUUAAACCGUACUAUUCGGUUCAAGAAAAGAGAAGAGCAUUCAUCGGACGAGACGAUAGUAUCCCCCCAACCAUCUGAAACGUCGGCUAUAGAUGAAAAAAUUUCUGGUGCAUCAUGA